GUCAGGCUCAAAUGUAAGCAGAGAAGGAGAAAGCAUAUCUAGCAAAGUUUAGUCGCCAAGUUCAUCAUGGCAGUGUGACUUCUUCUGCUUGUUAGUGGCUCUUCGGCUGCAAAAUUCACUUUUGUGGUCCUUGUGCUGUGCCCAUGCUAAGAAGAACUGAUUUUAAAGACAGUGGUUCUGUAAUUGAAGAAAAUCCAGUAAAAACCACUUGGUAGUUCCGGGGGGCAUCACUUCAGAUUUGACCACCUUGGAGAGGACAUCAACAUCAUUGAGAGCCUUACGACCAUGACCCUGUUCACCAUCGACAAGCUCACCGAGAAGGACGCGCCAAGACCGGCAGCCUACCGCGUCCGACGGUUCCAGCCCUACCACCCGUGCCCGACCGUCAGCGAUGCUGCUGCGGCCGGCUACCCCGGAUACCUCGGCGUUUCAACCGCUCCUAAUCCAGUGCCAGCUGCCGAUACCGGCGCCGAUCACCGGCGGGACGAGUGCCUCAACUCUACCGGGGGGAGCCCGUCCAUCAGCCCGGGGGCUUUCAGCGCGGCGAGCAGCGAUGCCGGGUUGCCUGAACCAGACCCCGCUCCGUGUAAAGUUGACCAGAAGGAUAAACAAAAAUCAGACGAACAUCAGAAGCCUCCUCAUUCUUACAUCGCUCUCAUUGCCAUGGCAAUCCUUGCCUCCAAGGAGAAGCGCCUCCUCCUCUGUGACAUCUACCAGUACAUCCAGGAGAAGUUUCCCUACUACCGCAACAACGACAGAAGUUGGCGCAACAGCAUCCGCCACAACCUCUCCCUCAACGAGUGCUUCAUCAAGUACGGCCGCAGCGGCGACGGCCGGGGCAAUUUCUGGGCCAUCCACCCAGCCAACGUGGAGGACUUUUCCCGGGGCGACUUCCACCGUCGUCGCGCCCGCCGGCGGGUUCGGGCAAGCGAGGUGAUGCUCCACGGCUACCCGAUGUACCACCCCUACGCCGCCUCUGCCGCUUACCCGCUGCCCGUGGCCACCACCCCGCUCGGCUUUGUGCCCAUGACAGUGACAACCCUGCCACCGUACCCUCACCCAGUCUCUCCCGCCGUGUAUCCAUCCAUCAGUUCUCCGUACCCAUCAACAAUGAGCUACCCGGUGCCCACCUUAAAUCCUCUCCCUCCUCUGAGCACUUCCAUUGCACCCUCCACGAGCCCGGUCUCCAGCCAUCGGGAUUCACCGCUGGAACCUACUGUUACCGGCACAUCCUCACCGGAUCAAGUCCCACCAACUUGUGAGUCCAUCUCCAUUAAUGUCCCAUCCAAUUCAUCUGCCAAGCUGGGCUACCAAGGCUACCCCUCUACUCCAAACCAGACCUUCUUCCACUACAGUUCUCCCGUUUCCAGGGACUCAACCCGCAACAGAUACCCAUCAACUAUCAUGGGACUUCCCCAAGCUCCUGUGUACGGAUACCCCUCUGCUCCUCAGGCUGUUAUAACGAGUUCGAUGGGCAGUUACCAGACUGACUCUUCCAUGCCUCGCUUUCUGCACUAGAUGAACUCGAAUCCUCCGGCAUUUAGGCUUGCCUGAUCAUUAGUUUGGAGUCAUCUGCAAGCUUCUUUUGGAAGAGACAUCUUGAAAUUCGCCACCCAGUUGCAUUCUGUAUAAUGCAAGUAUGAAGACCGAAAUGUUUCUUUUGAGUUUAACUUUGCAAAUCCUUACAGGUUUUGCAUUGGAUUUUUGUACUCCGAUGAUUUAAUUUUUGUAUUAUUGUGUUUGUAUAAUUGCUUUGAGAAAGCUCUAGAUUUUGACAGUUUAAUCGAAUUUUGAUCAUCAUAAAUUGUUGUAAGUAAAUGUUUUUUUAUUUAGAUGAUUGGUCACAAUGACCUGCGAUGUUACCCCGCUAUUAAUUCUUCUCUCAGAGACAGCAUGCUUUAGACCAGGCAUGAGGGCGCUGUUUUGGUUACCGUUAUUGAGUUGGUUAUGUACGAGAUUUCGAAACUGCAAUAACAAUGGUAUAAGUUACAUUGCAGAAUA